UGUUCUCCGAGUGCUUCCAGCCUGAUUGUUGUUUAUGUGCUGGUUCCUGAAGCUCCUCAAGUCUCAUGUUUGUGCUCUAACAUCGCUAAGGGAUCCUAGUUGCCCAUGUGGAAGUUAAAUUUGAAGAUAUUUCGUCAUGUGGAAUCAAGCUUGCAGUCAGUCCCCUAAUGAGAUGUCCAGCCACAAAGUCCAGAGGAUGUCUCUUCAGAUUUUGCCCUGCACAGUGUCUCAGCUGCUGUCUGCUUCCCAAGUCCGCAGAGGUGGCUUUGCAAUCGGUGACUGGGAACUCCACCAGGUGUCUGUCGUGGGCGUCAUCAGAGGAAUGGCUCCCUUUGUGACAAACAUCCAGUACUCUGUGGAUGACAUGACUGGUCCACCAUUAAGUGUGCGGCAGUGGGUGAACACAGAGGACUGUGCACCUGCUUCUCCUGGAACGUAUGUGAAGGUCACUGGAAGUCUCCACAGUUUCAAUGGUCAAAGGUCAUUGCUGGCAAUGAAAAUCCGUUGUAUCAAGGACCUGAAUGAGAUCACAUCCCACAUGUUGGAGGUGGUACAAGCCCAUAUGCAGUUUUUUGGAAAGGCAUUUGACGUGAACAUGAACACCACGGCUGCCUUGCUGCCUGGACAACCAGAAAGCAUCUUGCCAAAGAGUUUGUCCACCAUCCAGGGUCAGGUGUUGCAUGUAAUCAGAAGUUUCUCCAUGCGUGACAUUGACAUUAGUUUCAACGACCUGAAGAAACAGCUGGACUUCGUCAGUAUCAGAGACAUCAGAACUUCCUUGACACAUCUGAUAAAUGAAGGCCAUGUCUUUUGCACCUCUGAUGAGCAUCAUUUCAAGUCGACGGAACAUUAGCGGGCAACCUGGAGGCUCAUGAAACAUCAAGACAUCACAGUCCUGGGUUGCAGCUGGUCAGGAUGUACAUGAUGUACCCACAUUUUUAGGGCGACAUAACUCUUAAUUGUUUUUGUUUAAUUUAGUUAUUUAUGAUGUACUGUAGCUGAUUACUUUGUCUGUGUAGGUCAAAAUUAUGAUGUGUCGAUCAGUCUUCUUUAUGUUUGACCAUAUAUUCUUUUGUUUCUGAUUUAUUUGUGGGUACCCUACAAAUCAUGUCAUGAGUGCUGUAUAUAAAAAAAUGAAGUUCAAAAUGUUCUUGUGCUCCUUUGUUGAAGACGCCUCUCUUAAGAACUACAGUCCCCAUUUGUCUCUGUGUAGUCCCGUUUCCCAGCAUUCAAGGUAGAGAACAAGUGGGCAAAGACAAA